GCGUUCUGCGUGACGUGGGUCUCCUGCGCUUCACUCUCUCGCCAACUCUUCUACCCGUUUACUCGCUCCGACAACUGCAUUAAAUCAAGUUUUUUGGGGGUUUUAAAAUGGAUCGGUAUCGCAUACCGUAUAGACAUUCGAGAAAAGGCAGCUCAAAUGUGGAAAGAGAAGUUUGCAGGCAGUUCAUCAAUGGAUUUUGUCGUUAUGGUCCGAGCUGUUACUAUCUGCACGAGUUUCCUGCAGUACCGUCAUUUCAGGUUCACUGUAGGUACUUCCAGAAAGGUGGCUGCUGGUUUGGUGAUCGAUGCAGGUAUCUCCAUGUUCCUCAAGGGGGUGAAGGCUCUUCAGGGAGCAGCAGACGUGGUUCAGCACCUGCCGUUUUCCCCUCUGCACUGGCGGGCCGUUCUUCGGCUGACCGCCGGGGAUCUGAGCCCUCUCUUCUCCCACCUCAAGGAGCCUACAGCCUGAAUCGGAGGGGUUCUGAGCCCCUGGCCACAAGUAUGAGCGUGCUGCAGCAGAAUUUUGAACGCUUGACCACAGGAAUUGCAGAGGAGGAAGAGUUCGGGGUUAUGGAGGAUGUGCCUCCCCAGCAGGGUGCAUCGAGAUUGCUGCAACAAAGAGGCGCUGCAGACUCCAGUUCUUCACGUAACUACAGCUCAGCCACCUUUGUGCCUGGUGCAGCACCUGCUGAAGUCCAAAAAGUGACCAAUUUUCCAGAGAGACCAGAUCAGGAUGGUGCUGCGGUUUCAACGGAGCAGCAACCUUCAGGGGCCUUUGACCAAAGCAAAGAUGUGGCUUGUGGCAUCUGCAUGGACAAGAUUUCUGAGAAGUCCACCGCUCAGGAACGGCGUUAUGGCAUCCUACCCAACUGCAAUCAUGCUUUCUGCAUUAGCUGCAUCGUUACCUGGCGAAAAACAAAGGACUUCCAGGAGGAUGUCAUCAAGGGCUGCCCACAAUGCAGAGUGAAAUCCUCCUUUUACAUUCCCAGCAAGCACUGGGUCUGUGAUGGGGAGGAAAAGGCAUCAUUGAUUGCCUCUUUCAAAGAAAGAAGCAGCAAAUUAAAGUGUACUUUCUUCAUGCGUCACGGAUGCUGCCCCUUUAAAUCGGAGUGUAUCUACAGUCAUGACAUGCCCCCUAAUCAUACACACCGUCGCAGGCGCUCGACACCAAGGGACACAGCUGAGAUGUUGGAGGAUUUGGGGAUUGAUGGCAUCCAACUUUGGAGCUACAUUUUUGCCCUAACUCUGUUGGAUGAUGACGAUGAUGACCUUCUGGAUUUUCUUGAUGACUAGGGACCUUCUAGAGUCAUGUAUAUGUUGGCUCAGCCUUGAGUGAGCUUUGCUUAUUUUCUGCACUGAAAUCUAAUUGUCCCUAUUUAGGGUCGGCUUCACUUUAGCUACCCCUACAUGUUUGGCUAAUUGUUUAGCCGUGUAGAUUUAGUUUGUGAGUUUCUGUAUGAGAGUGAAAGUCUUUUGCCUUUAGUUUAAAGGAGCUGGUCAAAGUUUGAAUGCUCAGAUCUCAAAUUGAGUUUGUAUCUUCAGGUUAGUUUGCGAAGGGACUAUGGCAAAAAGUUGAGGGGGGGAAAAAAAAAGUUUUGAAAGCAUGGUCCCUUAUUUCAGCUAGCUUUCUCACUUGUUGGUCAUUUAAUACUUCCAUCUGUGCUGCUUCCUGAUUGUUUCACCCUCUUGUUUGAUACCUUUUUGUAUGAAAUCAGAUUUUAAUAUUUUGUGUACUUCCUAGUUUAUAUUAUUGCCAGUAUUCUGUCAAACACUAAAUGUGCAACCUGUCAGCAGGCUUUUGAUUAUACUGUUCUCUUCAGCAGUGUUAACAGGUUAUACCAGGACUUGAUGUCACAUUUUAUGACUUUUAGUACGUUUGUAUUCAAAGAAAAGUGAAAAUAAAAAAAUUGUUCAACUGUU